CGAAACCCCAAUUCCCAGUUUCCAUCCGUUCCAAGCAACAAAAAAACAGAUAAACCCAGACCCACCUCUCUCUCUCUCUCUCUCUCUCUCCUCUCUCUCUCUACAAGCUGCAUCUCUUUUCUAUCUAUGCAGCAGCAGCAGCAGCAUCAUCCAAACAGCAGCAGAGAAAUGCAAGGAAUUCCAUCAUCCAUGAAUCCAAACCAUCAAAUCCCUCUCCAGCAGCAGAUCCAAAAUCCCCAAAAUUCCCAUUUUGACCCUUCCCUUCCAUCCGCGCACGACGAUUUCCUCGACCACAUGCUCCUCCCUCCCUCAUGGCCAGACCACAAGCUCUUCUCCCUCCUCAACUCCUCCAACAAGCCCCGCGAUCUACCCGACAUCGAUGCUCCGCAGUCCACCGAUACCCACCUCCACUACUCUUUCGACGACUCCUCCCUCCUCGCCUCUCGCCUCCGCCAGCAUCAGAUCAGCGGCUCCACUUCUCCUUCUCCCAAAUCCAUGCUCCUCCAUCACCAUCAGCAGCAGCAGCAGCAGCUUCUCGUUCCUCGCAGCGGCAUGGCUAGAUCCCCGUCCUCGGCCGCGGACUCGGGCCUGCUUCCUCUCCCCCUAACCCUAGGCAGCGCGGACAAAUCUCAGGAAGAAAUCGCAGCCGUUAAUGGAUUCUCUGCCUCCCUGCCACGUGGCGUCCACCCACACAAUCAGCAGCCGUUUCAUCAGACCGGAUCGAUUCCGUCGCAGAACUUCGGAGCUCCGCCGACCGGAAUCAACCAGACGCCGGCGUCGGGAUCUCCCGCCGGAGGUACGGCUCCUGCGAGGCAGAGAGUUAGGGCGAGGCGAGGGCAGGCUACCGAUCCGCACAGCAUCGCUGAAAGAUUACGGAGGGAGAGAAUCGCAGAGAGAAUGAAAGCUCUGCAAGAGCUGGUGCCUAAUGCGAACAAGACGGACAAGGCUUCGAUGCUGGACGAAAUCAUCGAUUAUGUGAAAUUCCUGCAACUCCAAGUCAAGGUUCUGAGCAUGAGCAGGCUGGGUGGUGCAGCAGCUGUUGCUCCCCUCGUGGCUGACAUUUCCUCUGAGACGAGUGGGAUGGGACGGAGCAGUAACGGCACGCAGACGGCGACUAACGACAGCCUAACGGUGACGGAGCACCAGGUGGCGAAGAUGAUGGAAGAGGACAUGGGUUCGGCGAUGCAGUACCUGCAAGGGAAAGGCCUCUGCCUCAUGCCCAUUUCCCUCGCGUCGGCCAUCUCGACCGCCACGUGUCACCCCAGGAACCCCGGGGCCAUGCUGGGUGGGCCCGCUACGGGGGACCCUCCGUCCUCCCCGAGCAUGUCCGUGUUGACGGUGCAGUCGGCGAUGGGCAACGGAGGCGGGGAGACGGACGUGUCACGGUCGUCCGUUAAAGAGGCUGCGUCUGUCUCGAAGCCGUGAAGUCUUGACAGUAACGGUAAAAGCCGUCAAGUCUACGGGAAUAUGGAGGUCGGGGGUGUUUUGACGCCGUAUUUGAGUAAGACUUGAGAGAAGCUACAAAAGCUCUUUCCUUUUUCUUUUUUCUUUUAUUUAUUUCGAAGUUUGUUUUUUUUUUUUUUUUUGUUUUUUUUUAUAUUGUAUUUUAGUUUGUCGUGUUUGGAUGGCAGGAGCAGCUAUUGGGUGUGUUUUUU